AUGACGGCCGACCCGUUGGAAGGCACCCCUCACUCGAUGGGUGAUCCAAACACGUCUAUGGGGCCGGGUGAGAGCAUACCAACAAUGAGCGCUCAGGCCACUGCUGAUUCACCUCCGAAUCUGGGUAACUUUAAAGGCGUUAUGCUCUGCAACCGUCCGAUAGACGCUGAAGCCGAUCGUCGAGGCGCGGGACAGACUGAGGGGCUACUUCCGUUUAGGGCUGGUGCUUCGACGGCCCAUUGUGACCAAUUGGGUCUCGCUCCUCCACAUUUCGCGGCUCUGGCAGAAGACUGGUCCAAGCGUCUCGCGGCCCCUACAGCUGUCUUGCGAAAGCAUGCCCGAUGGCUGAAGACUUUUGCUAAGAGAGUAGCGACUAAACGAGCUCAGCGGGAGGAAGCUGUGAGAAAUGAUGAGGAAAAGUUGAAGAGAAUAAGUGAAUUCGCAGCGAAGCAACGGGCAGCUAUUCGCAAGGUAACGGAAAUUAGAGGAGAAUUGAAGGCGAAUGAUGAUGAUGAUGUUAUGAAGACAAGGCCGGCUGGCAAAGGCGUCGAGGAUGGUAGUAGAGAAGGGGAAUGCAUAGAGCAAGCGGUGAACGGAAAGGGGAAGACGUCGGACAAGAGACAGCUGAAGAGCAGGCCCUUGUGGUCUCUGACAGAAGCACAAGCUCGGAAGGCUGCUGAGGUUGAUGAGGAAGAGCUAUUGGCAUUUGCCGAGACGGUUAAAUUCGACGAGUAUAUCAAUGACCUUGAGUUCCGUACUGCUCUUGCAGUGAUGAAGGAUCGAGCUGGAAGGCUGCAUAGAGAGCAAGAGAGCUUCCGUGAGGCACUGCAGGAGGCUUAUGAUAGGGAAAUUGAGGAACAAGAGGCUCGAGUGGUUGAUGUAGAUGAUGGGUGUGACAACGCCAGUGAUGACGGGGUUGGGUCGAUAAGCGGUGUGGGGUUCGAGGACUCGGCCAGCCAGAAGGGUAGACGCGAUUCAGCAUCGACCAGCGGUGUGUCAGCCUCGACGACAACGAGGGACCGGUCAAGACUGAUUAACGGGGAUGGUCGACCUGGAUGGGACUCGAAGCCGUUACCAGUAGAUGACGAGACGCAGAGUAUUGUGAGUGAGGCGCUCAAGGGGAAUCAGCAGAUACGAAGCAUUCACAAUGGGAGGUCCGUCCGUGGUGUAUUGGAGACUCUAUCGUCACAGUCCAAUGGUCCCGAGGUUCCUUAUUCGGUUGACCUGCCGGCUCUGAAUCCUGUGGUGGUGGUUAGUGAAGACACCAACAUACGAAAAGAAACUGUUAUAUUCUACCUCCGCCAAAGAACGCUGGAGAUCACGUCCUUAGCUCUGCUGCUGGCCGUGGCCUGUCUGGGGAUCGUCCUCCUUCAUAGUGUACGGAAGGUAGUCCCUUCCGAGCCCCCUGAGGAGCCCUGGGAUUCGCGGCCAACACUGGCGUUGGGUGGCACGGGUCUCCGUAUUGGGUAUGCAUUUGGGUGCAUAGCGGCGUUGCAGGAUUAUGCCGAUUUGAGUGACGUCCGUGUCACCACUGUGUCCGGGUCGAUAUUCGCGGGAUUCAUAGCUGCAGCGCCGCAACUAAAUAUGGGGAAAAUGAUGAAGGCUCUUUUGAAUGUCCGUGACCACAUGAUGAGCUCUGGGCUCAAGGGCUGUUACCUCCUGGAUGUCGAUGAAACUGUCGAUAUGAUAUUAGAGGAGCUCACCAGAACUGGCGGUCUUACUCACGACAUAUUGAAAAGCAUAGCAAGCAACGAUCAGCUGCAUAUUGGUUUGACGAGUUUUUGUCCCUUGCCUUCUACACGAUGUAUCCACUGUCCAGACAAUUUCGAGGAUCUCCAUCGUGUCAUGGCUGCUGCUAUCUGCAUACCACCAUUCUUCAACCGUUUUGCUCGAUACGAGGGUCACCUAGCAGCUGAUGGUGCUUUCUCAUCCUGGUUCGCCGUACCUGACGGCUGCCAUCCCGGGAAGAUUGUCAAGUUAUCGCCUUUCUUCAUUCCGUGGGCACGCUUUAGAUCGAUGUUCCUCUCAACGCCGCACGAUGUAUAUGAGUGCGUUCACCCCUUCGGCUUGGAUCGUCAACUGGAGUCCUUCCGCGAGGGGUAA